AUGGCUAGCCUCACGACCGUCAUGGCGGCUGUUCUGCUGGUGGCGAUGUUCACUUCAGCUUACUCCGGCAACUUCUUCGACGAGUUCGACCUCACGUGGGGUGACCACAGGGGUAAAAUCUUCAACGGAGGAAACAUGUUGUCUCUGUCUCUUGAUCGUAUUUCCGGAUCAGGUUUCAAAUCCAAGAAAGAGUAUUUGUUCGGACGGAUCGAUAUGCAGCUCAAGCUCGUCGCCGGAAACUCUGCCGGCACCGUCACUGCUUACUAUUUGUCGUCACAAGGAGCAACACAUGAUGAAAUAGAUUUCGAGUUUCUAGGGAACGAGACGGGGAAGCCUUAUGUUCUUCACACCAAUGUCUUUGCUCAAGGGAAAGGCAACAGAGAACAACAGUUUUAUCUCUGGUUCGAUCCAACCAAGAACUUCCACACUUACUCCAUUGUCUGGAGACCUCAACACAUCAUAUUCUUGGUAGACAAGUUGUCUAUUAGAGUGUUCAACAAUGCAGAGAAGCUAGGUGUUCCUUUCCCAAAGAGCCAACCAAUGAGGAUCUACUCGAGCCUAUGGAAUGCAGACGAUUGGGCCACGAGAGGCGGUCUGGUCAAGACUGACUGGUCCAAGGCUCCUUUCACUGCUUACUACAGAGGAUUCAACGCUGCGGCUUGCACUGUCUCUUCAGGCUGUGACCCAAAAUUCAAGUCUUCUUUCACUGAUGGUAAAUUGCAGGUGGCAAACGAGCUCAAUGCUUACGGCAGGAGGAGACUCAGAUGGGUGCAGAGAUACUUCAUGAUCUAUAAUUAUUGCUCUGAUCUCAAAAGAUUCCCUCGUGGAUUCCCUCCUGAGUGCAAGAAGUCCAAAGUCUGA